AUGAUACUUAAGAAAUUGACUUUGACUCUUUUUGGUACAUUUAUGAUUAAUAAGAAAAAGCACUCUACUUGAAUAUUGUGAUGGCACUGAUUUAAAUCAAAAUUUAAAGAAAUGUAAAAUUCUUUAAAAAAAGAAGCAAAAUUAAUAUUAAGACAAGUUUUAACAGCCUUACAUCAUAUGAGUUGUAAUCCAACUAAAAUUAUUCAUUAUGAA